GUCCGGAAUUAUAGUGGAGAAGCAGUACUUGAACUGAGUUUAAGUGCCCACCUGCCUGGGGUAUCUGGGCCAGUGGGGAAUUACCCCUAUCUCUCUCUGCAUUGUGAACCCCUAGAGCUGGCCUUCCUUGUUUACUUAUUUAGAAGUCAGCAGAGGAAGUGGUAAAGGAAACCGGCUGAGUCGUUUUCUGAGAAGAGACCAUAUUUGCUCACAGGGGAAGCCAGUGCUUCUUGGGAUCCGGCUACAGCCGUAGUGACGCCUGCUCAACAAGUGUGUUCCUGAGCGUAGUUGGGAUUCAGAAGAGCCAAGGACACUCAGAGCUUUGGAUCUGUUUUGUUUCCUCUCUGUUCAUGGCUGCUGCCUCUCUCCCUGGCUUGUGAGCUUCUCCCUGAACAGCAGCCAUGGCCUUGAAGAAUGUGCCCUUUCGCUCGGAGGUCUUAGCCUGGAACCCGGACAGUCUAGCUGAUUAUUUCAGGAAGCUGAACUACAGGGACUGUGAGAAGGCCGUGAAGAAGUACCACAUUGACGGCGCUCGGUUUUUGAACCUGACAGAAAAUGACAUCCAGAAGUUCCCUAAGCUGAUGAUGCCGAUUCUCACCAAGUUAAGUCAAGACAUCAACAAGAAUGAAGAGAGAAGGAGCAUUUUUACACGCAAACACCAGGUUCAACGAUUUCAAGAGGAGACAGAAAGCCAUGAAGAAGACAAUGGGGGCUGGUCAUCCUUUGAAGAAGAUGAUUACGAAAGUCCCAACGAUGAUGAUCCGGAAGGAGAGGACGACGGGGAUUAUGAGUCCCCCAAUGAGGAGGAAGAGGUGCCGGGGAACGAGACUGAUGAAUACGAGCCACCACCCUCCAAUGAUGAGGAGGCUCUGCAGAACUCCAUCCUGCCUGCCAAGCCUUUCCCCAACACCAACUCCAUGUACAUUGACCGGCCUCCCACCAGCAAGGUCUCUCAGCAGCCUCCGGUGCCCCCGCAGAGACCAAUGGCCGCCCUCCCUCCGCUGCCAACAGGCCGGAAUCACUCGCCACUAUCACCAUCCCAUCCCAACCACGAAGAAACUAGCAGAAGUCGAAACCACAAACCAGCGAAGUUGCCUGCUCCGUCAAUAGACAGAAGCACAAAACCUCCCCUCGACCGCUCACUGGCGCCUCUUGACCGAGAGCCCUUCACACUAGGAAAGAAACCAGCAUUUUCUGACAAGCCCUCAGCUCCCGUGGGAAGGACUCACGGGGAGCAUAUACCCAAGAUACAAAAGCCUCCUCUGCCACCAGCCAUGGACAGACACGAAAGGAAUGAAAGACCUGCACCCCUGAUAGCGAAGAAGCCACCGGUUCCCAAGCAUGGACGGGGACCAGACAGAAGGGAGAACGAUGAAGAUGAUGUGCAUCAAAGACCUUUGCCCCAGCCAUCACUACCUCCUAUGAGCUCCAACACAUUCCCUUCGAGAUCUGCCAAGCCCAACCCCAAGCACACAUUCCCGUUGUCUCACAUGCCCGGGGCCUUCUCAGAAAGUAACGUUGGCUUCCAGCAGAGUGCCUCCCUGCCACCAUACUUCUCUCAAGGUCCCAGCAAUAGACCACCUCUCAGAAAUGAAGGCAGAAACUUACCCUUGCCAGUUCCAAACAGGCCGCAACCUCCAUCUCCUGAGGAAGAGGAGACUCCAUUAGAUGAAGAGUGGUAUGUCUCUUAUAUUACCCGGGCAGAGGCAGAAUCUGCUCUCAGGAAGAUAAACCAGGAUGGUACUUUUCUGGUAAGAGAUAGUUCUAAGAAGACAGUAAACAAUCCAUAUGUCCUCAUGGUGUUGUACAAAGACAAAGUUUACAACAUUCAGAUCCGUUACCAGGAGGAAAGUCAAGUGUACUUGUUGGGGACUGGACUCCGAGGAAAAGAGGACUUUCUCUCUGUAUCAGCUAUUAUUGACUACUUCAGGAAAAUGCCACUGUUGCUCAUUGAUGGGAAAAACAGAGGCUCCAGAUACCAGUGCACACUGACGUACGCAGCAGGGUACCCAUAACAAGUCAGCCCAGCGGGUCAGCCUUUGUGGCUCCGUCCUCAAUGCGGGAAGAUCAAGCAACCUUAGGAAAUGGUUGAACACUUAGGACCAAAGCAAGUCUCUCAGUGCGGGCACAGUGUUUUGCCCUUCCUUUAAAACUUGUUUGAAGGUUGCGGAAUAUCCCAUAAUUUAUUUAUUUUCUUCCAUGUCUGCGAAGUAUAGAAGUACUCAGGUCCACAUAUGAGUGGGUUUGCAUACUUCAUCUCAAGACCUGAGAUUCUGAACAAUCCAUCCCAAAAUACUGUACUUUCCAUACUACAGAAAUAAUGUGGGGCAAGUUUAAGAAGCACUGAAAUGGAUCAUUUUAGCUAUCACACAUUUUAUAACAGAAACUUUAUCAUUCUGAGGCAAUUUGUUUUUUACACAACUUAAAACAAUUAAAAUUAAUUUUCGGAGCAGCAAUAACUUAAGAGGCUUCAAAAACAUAACCCCAUCCUUUCUUAUUUGGUUUUGCAGGGGGUGUUUUUAUGUAUUUUUCAUUUUUGAGAUAAAUGCAUGUUGGGAUAACCUCCUGGGAUUAAAGUUAUCUUUUGCUUUA